ACCCCCUCUAGGUGUGUGUGUGUGUCUACAAUUGAGUUAAUUUGUUUUUCUCUUGUUGAUUGUUACCAUCAUGAUUGGUCAAUUCUAAUUAAUCGAGAUUGUCAAUUAAAUGAUCGGAGGCCAUUUAUGAGUUGGUUUUCUAUUUGAUUUUUGAUUUGUUUAUAUUUUAAAAUUCUAUUUCGUUUCUAUUUCUAAUUUCUGUAUAGAAGGAUUUCUCACCUGAUUAAUUAUCUCCUGGUGUAUAUAGAAUUAUAUCUCUCUCUACAUGUGCACUACCCCCAACAUAAUCAUGGAUGAAGAGAAUGACCAACAGAUUCUUGAUGGAAUUGAUGAAGACAUUUUCAAGAUAGACUAUCAACUUGGAUCUUUUGAGAGCUUAAAUUAUAUUCUUGAUAAGGUUGAAAGUGAACUGAAUUUAGAUUAUAUCCUCCAAGAGAAGAAGAGAUUAGAGAAACAAUUGAAUGUCGUCUCAAGACGUUUAUCAACCUCCAUCAUGGAAAAGGAAGGAGCCUAUGGAAAAGAGAUGAAACGUGUAAUGGACAUUCAGAAUAAAUUAAGUGAGGCCAUUGAAAUUUGUCGAACAGCUCGUAAAGGUGCCGAUAAGGGAAGAAGUAAUUUUACCUGUGCCAGUUUAGGUAUUGUUGCUUCUUACCGGCGACGGGAAGGUUUAAGAGAUGUUCUCAAAUCUUUAUCAACAAUUAAAACUCUUCAACAGACCAAUGUUAGAUUGAAAGAGAUGGUUGAAGAAGAUGGUGACUAUUGUGGAGCUAUUCAACUUUGUAUCGAAUGUCAAAAGGUUGUUAACACUUUGAAACAUUAUCGUUGUGUUUCCGAGUUAAGUUCAAAGUUAACCGAGAUGCUGGAAAUGAUUGAAGAGCACAUAGAUUCAAGCCUUUCCAAAAUGUGCCAUAAUUUCAACAUCGAUACAUAUAAAGGACUUCAAAAGGCUUUCUCGUUGUUGGGUAAAACCCAAACCUCAAUGGAUUCACUGUGUAUGCAUUUUGCAACCGCAAUUAGUGAUAAAGCCUUUGGUGUGGUUCAUGGUUAUGUUGAAUUAUGUUCAGUUGAGGUUAAAAAGAUUGAUAAUUUUCGUAAAAAAGAGUAUAAAGAAUUGUGUAAAUAUGUAACCAACGAGUGUUUUAUACCCUGUUUGAUAGAUCUCAGCAAAUCUUUAUUUAACAUUUUACUCAACUAUAAACGCAUUUUAUAUUUCCAUCAAUGUGAAAUUGAUUCAAAUAACGCAAAUACAAUUAAUCUGAAUAACAUCAACAAUAAUGAGGAUCAUUUACCUCAUGAAAGUGAACAAAAUAGUAAAUGUCAACCAUUGGAUACGGGAAAUGAAGGUGGAAUCAGUGGUUAUGGUGAUGAAGGUGAAGAACGUUCAAUUGCUGCAGCAACAAUUACAACAAAUUCAAUAAUUAAUUCAGAUAAAGGUGAUACAAGUGACAUUGAAGAUGAUACUGGUUGUGAUGGUGGUGGACCUGAGGCUGUUAAUGGUAAUUCAGCUGAUGAAACAAUUGGUGAAAUUGAAGAGGAAGAAGAUCAAGUGGAAGCGGAUUUUAAUCGUCGAUUCAUUUUACAAAAACUCGAACAUGGAUUGGGACGAAUUUGGCAAGAAGCACAACAAAAGUUACGACUUUUAGUUCAAAGUCAUGACAUGUCAACCUGUUCAUUUGAAGAGCUUAUGACAAUAUUGAGAAUUUCCCGACGAAUGAUGGACAUUGGAUCAGAAUUUUGUGACAACAAUUCAACCGAAUUUGAAGAAACCCUUCACGCUAAGACAGUUAAUUAUUUCAAUCAUUAUCACAAAACUCGACUGGAUGAAUUACGAAUGUACCUGGAAAAUGAAUCAUGGACCGUGUGUCCAGUUAAAAAUGGUUUCCAAUGUUUUGACCUUCAAGAGUUUAAAUUUCUUAAACCUUUACGUACCUAUUCAUUGGGUAACCUUUCAUUAGCUGCUAGUGAAACAAGUGGACCACCAGGUCAAGGGUCACCUGAGAAGUGUAACUUUUUCCGUGAUUCACUUUUGAACGAUUCUUCCGGUGCAAUUGAAAAUCCUUUUGAUAAUAUUUGCUUGGAAAAUGAAGAUGCAAGUGAUAGUAUCAUCAGAGAAUUGGAAAGGACAACCAAUAAGGGAGGAGGUGGUGAUGAUACAUCGGAAGAUGAACUUGAUGAUGAGAUGACAUUAGAUUCAAAUAAAACAACAACGACAACAAAUUGUGGUGAUAAUGAUAAAAGAGUCAACAAUUGUUACAAUGAAGGACCUUUGGUGACCAAUACAAGUCUUUAUGUUGUUCGUCUCAUCGGAAAAUAUAUGCAGAUCAUGUUUCUCCUCCGGCAAAUUGCAUUUGAUAUUUUAUUAUCCAUAUUCCAUUUAUUUGAUUACUAUUUUUAUACAGUUUACACCUUUUUCGCCAAGGAAAUUAGCGAAGUUCGUAACAAUUGUCUUUCCUUGCGUUUUAAAUCCUGCCUUGCACGAAUUGAGUCUUCAAUGAAAACCGAUCUGAUCAAUGAGACAAAUGAUCUUGAUCAACAUCCAUCGACAAUUCAAUCAAUGGGCCUUAUGGAUCGUAAUUUAUGUCCUGAAAAUCUGCAUGGUUUAGCCGAGAGAAUUGUCGGAAUUGAAUCAGUGAUGUUUCUUGCUUCACAAUUAAAUACUUUACAACAAUUUUUCCGAGAUCUUAUUCCAUCUGGUAAACAUUCAAUUCUUGACAAAUACUAUUCACAGGCUGUAUCAGUUGCUCAGGACUUACGUUAUCCUUGUUAUAUGUUGGUUGCAAUUAGAUCAAUUAAUAUCGAGUCAAUUUUAUCAACAGUUGAAAAUGUCCGUUGGGAUUUAACGGAAAUACCGACCAUGCAUAAUAGUUACGUUGAUUGUUUAUUGAAGGAGAUUCAAUUGUUUUCCUCUCGAUUGGAAAAAAUUUGCUCCUCACUUGAAGCUAAAAUUCCCCAAGAAGCUAAAGAUAUGUUAUGGUCAUCAGUUCUGAAAUUGGCCAAUCGAACCUUUGUCGAAGGAUAUUCAAUGGCCAAAAAAUGUACACCCGCUGGUCGAGCUCUUAUGCAAUUAGAUUACCAAGAAUUUUUAACCAAAGCUGAAAAAAUGACCGCAAUCAAACCAAUACCGGAAAGAGAAUUGGUUGAAGAAUAUAUAAAAGCUUAUUACCUGAUGGACGAUGCCCUCGAGCAAUGGUUAAUGUCUCGUAAUGAAUAUACCCAACGACAAUUAGUUUCAUUAGUUAAUUGUAUUGCCUCUGAGAAGAGAGUUAAGACUCGUCUUCUAGCCAUCAUUGAAAACAAAUUUGAUAAUCAAAAUUGUCCAAAUUCAACAAAUAACGAGACAAGACACUAAAUUUAAUUAUCAACAAACAUAAUUACAGAAAUUAUAAUUGUAGCUCUCUCUCUCUCUCUCUCUCUCUCUCUCUCAUCUUUAUCUUCCUUUCUCUCUUUCUCUCUUUCUCUCUUUGUAUCUUACUUUCUUUUCUUACUCUAAAUAGUUCAUUCAUGAUUCUCACCGAUUCAUUUAACUUUCGAAUGUGCAAAUGUUAAUUUAAUUUAUAUUCACAAUCAAAACAAUUAAACAAAUUUUCUUGUUACCAUUUAA